AUGGCUAUGGUGGAAGCUAGAAAUUACUAUGAGGCAGCAAAGUCUAAUGCGUGGAAGGUUGUAAUGCAGGAGGAGCUCACCAUGAUUAAGAAAAACCAUACUUGGAAGUUAGUACACAGACCAGAAAAAAGGAAUGUAAUACAAGUGAAAUGGAUCUACAAGCUGAAAACCAAUCCUAAUGGAUCAAUCCAUAAGCACAAAGCAAGGCUUGUGGUCAAAGAUUUUGCACAACAACAAGGGAUUGAUUUUUCUGAUAUCCUUGCCCCGGCCCCUAAAGCCUGGUACAGCCGAAUAAAUGACCACUUAUGUGGUCUUGGUUAUACUAGAAGUCCAAAUGAAUACACACUUUACAUUAUGAAGAAUGAAAGUGGAUUGGCUGUGGUCUCUCUAUAUGUUGAUGAUUUGUUAGUUACUGGAAGCAAUCCAGGUGAGUUGGAUCAGUUUAAGUCAGCCAUGCAAACUAAAUUUGAAGUGACUGAUUUGGGGCUGAUGACUUACUUUCUAGGCAUGGAAAUAAAUCAAUCUGCAGGUGGGAUUUUUGUGUGCCAACAGAAGUAUACAGCUGAGAUUCUCAUGGAGUUUGGAAUGGAGAAUUGUAAACCAGUAGAUACCCCACUGGUUCCCAACUUGAAGCUAAGCAAACAAGAUGGUGCAAAGAGAUUGGAUGAGGGAAAAUACAAAAGUUUGGUAGGGUGUUUGUUGUAUUACACAGUCGCCAGACCUAACCUUAUGUUCAUUGCUAGCUACCUUUCCAAGUUCAUGAGUAACCCAAGUGAGCUGCAUUUUAAGGUAGCUAAAAGAGUUUUGAGAUAUGUGAGAGGAACCACCAUGUUAGGCAUUUGGUUUAGGAAAUCCGAAAGUCUGAAACUAUUGGGGUAUACUGACAGUGACUGGGGUGGUUCCCUGGAUGAUGCAAAGAGUACUUAUGGUUAUGUAUUUUACAUGAACCAAGGUGCAAUUUGCUGGUUAUCAAGGAAGCAAGAAACUAUGGCUUAG